AUGUCCUAUCAUCGUCGAUUAGACUUUAGUGUUCCGCAGAAUGUGCGAAUUCGGGCAAUCAACCCACACAUCGUGAUCUUGUCAUGGAAACCGCCAGCUGGACCUAACGGUCGCAUCACUAGUUAUACCGUUGAAUGGUUUGUCGAUAAGAGGAGGCAGAAGAACAUCCUAAUCAACUCAGGUCACUUCUACGCCUUCAAGGGACUGAAGUCGGGGCAGACUGUCGAAGCAUCUGUUUGCGCACACAACCAACCGGCAACUUCGGUGAAAUUGGAUUACAUCGGUUCACGCAGUGAUUUCGUAAAAAUAACUACCCCAUCUGACAAACGAGCAAAAGGAUCAGUUGCGAUUCGUGUUGUUAAAAAGAAGAAGCCACCCGCUGCUGCUUCUGAGAAGAAGACGAAAGAUGGAGCUGGAUUUACUCUAAAACGGAAGAAGACUAAGGUUGUCGUCUCUGCAAUCUCAGGCUCCAAAGCUGGGGGUUCCCCAACAACUUCCUCAGAUUAA